AACGAAUGCUUAAAUUAACUGACAAAUAAUGUAAUUUUAUUAAAAGUCAAAAUUUUCCUUCAAAUGUAACAUCUAUACUGUGAAUGUGAGAAAAAAAUAUAUGAAUUGUCGGAACAAAGGAAGAUAAAUAUUGAACAACAGAGGCGAUAUUUUGUAACAACUUAGGGAGAGACGAUAUUUUAUUGACAACUUAUAAGAUGAACACGACAUCAAUUUUUAUACAACAGUCAUCAAACUUUCAGUUUUUAUCUGUUUGUCACUAUAUUACUAUAUUUGGAUUAUAUUUUUACAACAAAGAUUUAAUUACACUUGAGGAGCGAAAUAAAUCUAUUUCUGUUUUAAAUACUUUAUUUGAUUACCUCAAUAAAUCUCAAAAUGAAUCCGAGGCGAAGCUACAACUUUUAAAAAAAGUACUAAAGGGAAGUGAUCUCUACGGUGGUGGAGAAAAUGAAUCACUUGACAUAAAAUACGUUGAUGAAACAUAUCAGUACAUUAUUAGCGAGGCUCUAUUUUCUCACUAUGGAAACAUUAAUGGAUAUUUGGCUAAAAUCAUUAACAUGGCUGAUGAUAUAAAUUACUCGGUACUUAAGGAAAAGGUGUUUCAACAUCUUUCGGAAAAUUACACAAAUAGGGAAUAUUGUUCCAAUGAUAUACCGUUAGAUAAUUACGAUUCCGAUAAUAAUCCGUUAGGGAAUUUUGGUUCCAAAAAUAAUCCUCUAGGGAAUUAUGGUUCCAAUAAUAUUUCGUCAGGAAAUUAUGGUUUCAAUAAUAUUUCGUCAGGAAAUUAUAGUUCCAAACUUAACGAAUUAACAAUUCAAAAAGUUUUUGAUGAUCACAUUUGGAGAAUUUUUCCUCAACCCGAACAGGACAUGAGCAUAAUGGAAGUGAAUUACAUAUAUGCAAUGGUUGGUUUAAAAAUCAUUAGAUCUGUAUCAUCUACGUCUCCGAAUCUUACUUUCCACGAAUAUAUUCUAAUCUCCCGCGAGCUUGAUUUACAGGAUUUAAAUAACGAAACUUAUGAAAUGAUAAAAAUUUUAUUCUCAACACCAGCAUUAUUUUUCUAUGCCUAUAAUCAAAAGGCUAAAUUCCAAAAAAUAGAUGAUUUUACAAAUGGUGAAUUUUGGGCUAAAGUUUAUAAAAAUUUCUUCUCAUAUAUUAAUUCAGCUAUGGAAAAAAUUGUACAAGAAAAUAUUGAAAAUAGUUUACACAAUAAAAUUCAGUUAAAAAUGAAUAAAUUAAAAACAAGAACGUUUAUUGCUUAUGAAUUACUUUUUCUAAUAUGUGAUUAUGAAAAUAUUGCACAAGUCUCGCCAAUUCAUGUGGAAUUUUAUAAAACCUUUUAUCUUUGGAUUACAAAAUUUUUCCUUCCCAAACGUUGUGAUAAAGUGAAUCUUCCCGAUUUGCAAAAACGUUAUGAAUAUCAAUUCAAGGAAAUUGAGGAAUUAUACAAUAAAAUAGAAAGAAUUGCAAUUGAAAAAGUAUUAGUCGAUAGUGAAUUAAUAGAAAAAAUUAAUUUAAAUUCUACUGUUAUGUUUGCGCGAGUUCCUGAUUAUCAGCAAGGUUGCAAUUUAUGUUCACCAAUUCCACGAAAGGAAAAUGACGACAUUUUUCUUUUAUUCGCUGUUAAAGAGGAAAAAACUGAAUUUUAUGCUUUGCGGCAAGAGAAUAAUACAUUGUCUUUAUUAAUAAACAAAGGAAACGAACGAGAGUUUGCUAAAGCAAUUGCUAAUGAUUCUUCUCUAAAAAUGGAAAUUGCAGUAUUUUCCAAAACUCUUAAAUCUAGGAAUGAAGAUUACAGAAGUUUUAUUGCCAGAGUUGCGGAUAUAAAAACAAAAUUGUUUGUAGAUAAUUUGAAAAUGCACUAUUAUGAAGAAACGGAAGGGGAGAAAUUAUUAAAUUUUGCAAAAGCACUGAUUCCAUUUUACAGUUGUAUCGAAAGUGCAAAAGCAGGAAGAAUGGCAGAAUCUGCUUUUAGUUGUUCAAUGGAUGUUCUCAGUCUUAUUCCAUUUGCUGGAUGGGCGACAGAAUAUACAGUUAAAAUAACCAAUAGUUUGGCAGUAGAAAUUGGUAAUAAAUAUCUAAUCACCAAUACAAUUGCAAGAUCAGGAAUUAUCAGCACAUUACCAAUAAGUGCAGUAUUAAAUGAAAUUUCCACAAUUGCUGUUCGAACCAUAGCACAAGAAAUUCUCACCAAAAGUUUUUUGACAGAUUUAACUGUAGCUUCUCUUCGAACAAUUGAUCCUGGUUUUGAAUCCGUAUACCAAAUACUUCGUUUUGGUUUAAAAGGAUUAAGGAAAUUAUUCCAGAGUAUAGUUUCUAAUUUUAAGAAAAUUCCCUCAUUUCGAAAUAUGGUUGUGUCAAUAAAUUCCUUACUGGAGAAUAUAAAUAUAAAUUUACUAAUCGAUCAUACAGUACCAUUGGUUUUGUCAAAUCAAAACGAUUUUAACAUUGUUCGAUACUUUUAUCCAGGUGGUAGACACUUUUUUGGACCUACUUGCUUAACAUCAUUUGGAAACACUGCGGAAUUAAGAAGCAUCGAGGGGUAUUCAUUUCCAAUUCCAGUUGUGCAGGAAAAAUCCCCUGAUGGAAUUUUGUACAAACAAUAUAUUCCGGAAACGGAUAAAUUUUCUGAUUUUACUUUUAAAAAGGGUGCAGACGAUAUUCUCCGUCGUGUUGGAUAUUUAAUAGACACUAUGGUUUUAGAGGGACGUGAUAUAAAUAUAAUUCGUGACUAUCAUGUUUAUCAUAAUACAAUACAGUUGAGCAAGACUGCUCAAAAAACAGAAGGUCUAGUUCAAAAUCCCGUAACUGCUAGGGAAAGUAUAGUUGAAAAUAAUUUAGAAUUUUCAAAUCCAAAUAAUUUUCAAGAAAACACUAUUAAUCCACAAUUGAAUACUGCAGUUAAUAAUCCAUUUCUGAAUUCUGAAUUUCAAAUUAAUUUACGUGGAAACGUUGAAGGACACAAUUUCCCUCAGGUGACAAAUAUUGAAUUUAUCGGAACGUUGAGGGGACACAUAGCGGGAUAUAAUUUCCCUCAAAUUCCAAAAUCCGAAUUACCUAGUACUUCAAAAGGAAUUAUAAAAACGGAAUUUGGAUCUGAUUUUUCAAAUGUCGUUCAAGAGGCACCAAAAUUUAAAUUGCUUCCCGAUGACAUGAAUUUAAAAAAAAGUACAGCAAUGGAUUACAGUUAUCAAAUAGUUAAUCCAGAUGCUGUAAAUACAGUAAAAAAUGACAAUUUUGUUUCAUAUACUCAUAAAAAAUUCGAUGGAAUUAUUUCAGGAAGAAAGAGAAAACUAAAUGAAAUUUCCGAAACUCCGGAAAUAUUACUAAAAAAUCAAAAAAUAGAUGAAAAUACUCAAAAUGAAAAGAUAAGAGAUGAGAUUAAUAAUAAAAUUGAUGUUUCUACAGAAUUUAAAAAAUUACCAACUGAAAUAAAUCCAAUGUAUUAUAAAUUUAAUAUUCGUGAACCAACAUAUUCACGAUAUGUUGAUAUUCUUUGGAUGUUAAAAAAUGAUGGUUUAUCAUCAAUUAAGUUGAAUAAAGAAAAAUUUAAUUUCCUACGCAUUGCUGUUAAUCAAUUAGCUUUAUUUCAAUUAAACAAUGGAAUAAAAUUACAAAAACGAAUUAAAUUAUGGUUAACAAAAAUUGUCGUUGGCCAACAAAAUAUUGACUAUUUAAAAAAUUUAAAUGGAAGAAAAUUUUUCUUCAACGAUAUUACAUUAUUCAGUAAUAAAGCACCAGGUCCUGUUAGAAAAAAUUUAAAAUUCUAUUCCCUAGAAACAGAAGUAAGAUAUCAUUUAACAGUUGAAUCUUCAUAUGGAUUUGUUGAUUUAACAAAAUUUCAUGAUAAAUUCCAAAAUAAUUAUCUAACAUUUAAUGAUCUUUUUUUUACAGUAAGUGAUACAUUUUUUACAGCUAAUAAUAGAAUUUUAAAUAUUGAACUAAAAUGCGAUGGUGUAUUAAAAAAUACAUGGCGUUUAUUGAGAGAGCAGGAGAUUAGAAAUAUAAUUAAUGAACCAAAUAUUUUAGAAUCAUCACGUAUGAAAUCAAUUUCAAUUGCUGCUAAUUUUAUGACUGACAAUGCACCAUUAUGUACAUUUAAAGCGUCAAGAAAAUUUCUCGCUAAUUAUAUUUUAGAUACAAAAUCAAUUGGUAAUCGUGUUCCAUCUUAUGAUAAAUUAGCUGAGGAUAUAAAAAAUAUGGAAUUAAGAUAUUUUUACAAUAAUUGGCGAAUCAAAGAAAAUCGUUACAUUCAAGAUGUAUUAUUUAAUUAUAAUUUAGAUAAUAUCAUUGAAUUAUCAGAAGCAAAACGUAGAAUUCAUGAUUUAUAUGAUUUAGUUUAUUAUCAAAAUAUUCAAGAGGCAUUUGAAAAUUAUCAAAAAAUACCAAAUUAUGAACAAAAAUUUCGUUUUGAAGAUUAUUAUGUACUUUAUUCACAUUUUAAUAAUAAAUUAAUAACAAAUAAAGAUGGAAUAAGAAGAUUGGAAGUUGCAAUUAAUCGUCUUGCAUUAAGACAAAGUGCUGAUGAAUCAAUUAUUAUGAAAACAAUAACACUCUAUCAUGGUGAAAUGAUUAAUAAAGAAAUGGCUGCUAAACAUUUUCAAACAUUUAAAAAAAAUGAAAAUAUUGAAUUUGAUAAAAUGAAAAAAUUUUCAUUACCACGUGAUGUUGAAUUGGUAAAAUUAUUAAAUAAAGCACGUACAUCAACGGAAAUUCCUUUAUUAAUGGAAAUUACAUUAACAAAUCAAUUGGGUGUUGUUGAUAUUGGUCGUGCUAUUAAUGAGGAUAAAUCAUUUUAUGUUGUUAGACGACAAUUUCAAUUUGUAUUGGAUUAUAUACAUAAGGAAAAAAUUCAUGGUCAAAAUGUAUUACUUAUUAAAAUGCAUGAUGAAACUGAUCCAACGGAAACAAGAAUGGUACAAAUGGCAAAUAGACUUCAUGAACUAUAUUCAAUGGAUACUAAAUUUUUCUCGGAUGUUAAUUAAUAAUUAUUAUUUCAUUAGCAAAUUACUGGAGGCUGUUGUAUUAAAUUAAAUAAUUAAAUAAUUAAAUAAUUAAAUAAUUAAAUAAUUAAAUAAAUAAAUUAUAAAUAGAUAAAUAUUUCCAAAUUAA